GUUUUGCUGCUGGUCCACGUGACACUGCACGGAAGUGACGCGGGGCACUCAAAAGAGUUCAGCAUCUGGGAGCAAAACACCAGCCAGCCUCAUUUUUACUUGACAUCGGGGAUUCCAAGAAGCGUAUUUGCAGACGGCAAUAACCUCUACCAGUUUUGGUGGCCAUCAUGAAUCCAGUGUACAGCCCUGCACCAACAGGGGUCCCCUUCACCAAUUCUAAGGGUAUAGGCUAUCCUGCUGGCUUUCCUGUUGGGUAUGCUGCAGCUGCCCCAGCAUACACUCCAAAUGUCUAUCAAGGAGCGAAUCCAGCCUUCUCAAGUGGUUAUGCCCCUGGUGCACCAUUCAAAAUGUCCUGUUCCCCCAGCACUGGGACUGUCCCACCGUAUUCGUCCUCCCCAAACCCUUACCCUGCUGCUGUAUACCCAGUCAGGAGCACCUACCCUCAACACAACCCUUAUGCACAGGCAUUGAUUCCUUCACAACAGCAAGGUACUUACUUCACGCAGCCGUUGUAUGCGGCGCCACCUCACGUGAUCCAUCACACAACAGUGGUUCAGCCUAAUGGGAUGCCUGCGGCCAUGUAUGCCCCGUCCAUCCCUCCUCCCCGCAACAACGGGGUUGCCAUGGGUAUGGUCGCCGGGACCACGAUGGCCAUGUCAGCUGGAACUUUGCUGUCGACUCCGUCACCAGCGCCCGCUGCUCUCGCACCACACCCAGUCACCAUGCCCACAUAUCGGCCAGCCGGCACGCACAGCUACAGCUAUGUGCCCCCACAGUGGUGAAGUUGAAGCAGAGUGAGUUAGAUAUGCAUUCACACGCCACUCCAGUGUUUUUUGCUAGAGGUGGUGGACCAACUCUGCCAGCAUCUGCAACCAGUUUGUCUUCUUCCAGUAUAAUGUGAAUCCAAAACCAUGUAGGUCCAUUAGGAUAGAGAGGGGGGUCGGGGACGUUAAUCCCCAUAUCUUAAUGGAAUUAGGCUUCAUUCCAUGCUGCACUCCUACAAGCCUGUUGCAUAUCUCACAUCAAAACAGCCCAAGCCUCCAUGCAAUUGUUAAUGCAGGCUCAUGCAGAUUUUUAGAGUUUUAACUAGCUUGUGGUGAAAUCGGAGUUCGGAGUAGUUUAUCCCCACCUGUUUCGGAGAUGGCGUCUGAUGUUGAAUGCAUGUUCUGUAUGUUGAUAUGUUAAGUAAUGCUAGCUCAAUCGAUCUGCUGUGACAGAUGCAAACUCCUUCAAAAGGAACACAUCCAAAGGACGUUAAAAGUAAUAAAUCCCCAAUGCUGACUCCCCAGUCGCACCAUGUUAAAUGUGAAACAAAAUGAGAAGUAUUCAUGCAAAAAUAAUAAUAAAAACGAAGAGCAACGCUGCACUGUCAUGCAGAACCAACUGUUCUGUUUUCACAGCUUUGUGUUUAACUAAGUGGAGCUUGUUUGUUUUAUUUGAUUUCUUUCGGUGAUGCAGUACGUGCAUUGUGUUUUACCGUUAGUGUAUUUAAGGGGAAGAGUGUGACUUCUUGGCUACGGCUGAAUGCCCGGUCCUUAAAAUCAUUUCAAGUUCUCAAAAUCUCACAAAUAAUGGUUUCGUGCACAGGUUGAGGCAGUUUUUUGAUUUGUACCUGAAUUUUUUUUUUAAAUGGAAAGGUGGUCAAGCUAUUUUAGCCAGGACAGAGUGAAUAUACAGGAACCAUUGUGUGAGUUUAGAUUGAUCGUAAAACCAUAGGAAAUUGUGCAGGCCAUUAAAUGGUCUCAAUUAUUUUUUUUCUUAGUAGGUCUUAAACACUACAUCACUGCUAACUACUAAAAUUUAAGAAACCAUUUACUAUUAAACCGUAUCUGUGAAAAGCACUACUGAUUGAAAGCACUAAGUGAUUCUAAGCCGUUUUUGACAUUGCUUGCAGUUGUAGCAUCAGGCACUCUUCAAAUCACUGUCUCAGCCUUGCUUUACGAUGUCACCUCAGUCACCUGAGUUCAAUAAUCUGUUUUGUACAUGUUAUUUUGGUUCUUGUUUUGUAUUCUAAAGAAAAGAGCAAAAAAUAAAAAGGAAUACAAGAAUGGACUUGUUUGCUUUAUUUGUAUACAUGUACUUCUUAAUGUAAGGGCGUAGAUUUGCAUAGGGACGGUAGGGACGUAACACUGACAACUUUUUAGGUUUCUCAGAUUGUCCCCCGUCUUUUAAGCAACCUUAUUUGCAUUAAAUAAU